CUACGCAUUUUGAGCAGCGACCUUGGGCAACAAACACCGUGGAACAAUUUUUGCGACCUGUAUGGAAUUGUCUUCCCGGACGUGCCGAUCCAUCAUUUAGCGUGUCUUCUAUUGUUCGGGAGUCUGCAAGUAUGGGCGGCGAACUUGCGGAGCGCAAAGCCUCCUCAGCUUCGGCGGGACCCCGCGUUGUGCAAAUGCGGAGAGAGGCCAUUCCAGCCGAGCUGCUCCUGGUAAAAGAGGAUCCCAGCAAACUGCCUGCCGGAGUAUUGCAGACGCGGGAGCAGCUGAAGCAGGCACAGCGGGACAUCAAUUGGGCGGGGAAACGGGAGCAGGUCUUCGCAGCGGUAGCGGCGGGGUGGCACCUUGCGUCCUUCGCGCUGAACCUGGCUUUCUGGGGUGUCGAGGGCAUGCCUCCGGACCGCUACUGGCCCACCAGCCCACGCAUCCGGCUCCAGAUCCGGCCCGGGCGGUACGGCAACAUGGACGGCGGGCAGCGCGUUUACAUGGACUACCUGGCCAGGUCGGAGGGUGUGCCGCUCAACUAGAGGCGCAGGGGGCGCGGAUGUGCCGGGGGCGGCGGAGGCGCAGGCGCGGAGGCGCUGGGGGGCAGGCGUGGCGGCUGCUGGAGAGAGGAGUGGAAUCAGCGAGUGGGCAGCAUGGCGAAGGCGUGGGCGCAGCACAGGGGGGCGGUUCUGUGGACGCAGGGCGUGUCGAAAUGGUGGGCACUGGCGAGCGCAGGCAGGCGGGCAACGGCGAGGCGCGGGUGCGGGUGUCGCGGAAGAGCCGGCGGAGGGGGCCGCAGCUGGCCGGCGCGUCCUACGCAGUGUGAAAGGGGCGCGGACUGUAGCAGCAGAGGGCGCAAUGCUUGCGAAGCCGGCGCUUUGUUGACAGCUUGUCAGGCAGUAGGCGGCGGUGAUACUUGAACUGGUGCGGGCUGCGGAAUGCAACCGCGGGGCAUUGAAGCCCCUGCGGGCACCCACAGAUGGUGGCAGGAUGAAUCGGCAUGGCGUAGAUCGGUAGAUGCGGGGGCGGAUGCCUUGGUAAUUGCCCACCGCCCGGUGCCCGCUGGUAGGACUGAUGGAACCAAUAAGCGGUAAGCCUAAGGUUGCGCACAGACAAUGACUGGCUCAGCCGACUGUAUGACUGGGAUGUGCACGAGUGGCGCAGCCAUGACGCGGGACCGCCUGGAUGGCCACAAUUGGUCAUC